AUGGGUUACACGCACUACUAUGCCAUCCUUGGCUGGGAUACACCUGAAUGGCAAAAGGCCUGGGCCCAACUCAUCGAAGAUGUCCCCAAAAUCAUCAAAGAAGGCCGGGUCCCUCUCAGUGGUCCAACUGAAGAUGAAGAUGAGAUAACAAAAGUGGUCAUAGACUCUGAGAAAGGCAUAAACCUGAACGGGGUUGGAGAAGAUGCCUAUGAGCAAUUCAUACUGUGCAAGCCGGGCCAGUGGACUUUCUGCAAGACUGCCGAAAGGCCGUACGACGUGGUCGUUACAUCUAUCCUUCUCAGAAUUUGGAUGCUGGCACCGAAGAAUAUUGAUCUUAGCUCUGAUGGUGAAUAUGAAGACUGGGCAGAUGCGCGUAGGCUCUGUGCCACCUUGUGGCCUGGGGAGCCUACCGAUAGCAUGUGGGCACAGGGUGAUGAGGGAAAGGACGUCGAGGCCAAAGACUUAAGUGACCAGGUCAAUUAA